CAAGAGAUCAUAUAUAUUAUUUUCACUGGCACUGACCUUCCACUCUCUGUUCAACUUCACCAAAAGCACUUCAUUUUCUUCCUAGUAACAUAUAAAGUGCUUCAGAUUCGGUUCCAUAGUUUGGAACAUGGCUUCCCUCAUCAUGUCAUUUGCUCCAGCAACUGGUAGGGUCUUUGCAGCCACUGCAGCUAAGGGUGCAAGUGGUAGUAACAAGGAAGAGAAAGGGCUUCUGGAUUGGAUUCUUGGAGGGUUGCAGAAGGAAGAUCAGCUUCUAGAGACUGACCCUAUACUCAAGAAGGUUGAGGAGAAGAAUGGAGGCACCACCACUGGCCGCAAGAACUCUGUGGCCGUGCCACAAAAGAAGAAAGGUGGCUUUGGAGGCCUCUUUGCUAAGAACUGAAGCAUUGAAAAAUGAAUUUCUUUACCUUACAUUUUUAUUUAAUCUGUUUACAAAUGCAUGCAUUAUUGUCUUGUCCACUUAGAUUUCAACCUCUUGAUCUUAUGGAAUAGUUCGAGUUAUGUUUUAUUCUUCUGGAAGAUCAUUGUAUUUACACAACAAUAUCUAUUCAUUUUGGAUCAGUUACCAACAUGAUACAAUCUGAUAAA